UUCCCCUCACCAAGUCCUUCACCUCUCCACCUCACGGCGAUGCUCGCGUCCAGGGCUUCGGCUGCCCGCAGCGUCCAGCGCAUCUCGCGCUCGUUUGCCACUGUCGCUGACUCGGCUGGCAUCAAGGUUGCCGCCGUCGACGUCGGCCAACCGACUUCCUCCGUCACGCUCCUCGUGAAGGCGGGCAGCCGCUUUGAGCCUAAGGCUGGUGUCGCGCAUGCCCUCAAAAACUUCUCCUUCAAGAGCACGGCGAAGCGCUCAGCGCUGGGUACGGUUCGCGAGGCCGAGUUGUACGGCGGCGUGUUGUCCUCAAGCCUCUCGCGCGAGCAUCUCGCAUUGACUGCGGAGUUCUUGCGUGGCGAUGAGGAGUUCUUCGUCGACGUCCUUACUUCCUUCGCGACGUCCGCCAAGUUCACCCGCCAUGAAUUCCUCGAGUAUGUCACCCCUAUCGUCGAGGGCGAGACUGCUGCCGCUCAGUCUGACAACGGCAUACGCGCGGUCGAGCUGGCGCACGCUCUCGCGUUCCGCAAUGGCCUUGGCGCCUCCCUCUUCGCCCCGUCCCAUUCCUCCGUCACGCACGAGGACGUGAAGGCGUUCGCCCAGACCGCAUUUGCGAAGGGUAACAUCGCCGUCCUUGGCACCGGCAUCGACCAGGCGAAGCUGGCCGCGCUGAUCGAGAAGUCUCCGCUCGCGUCUCUUGCCGCCGGCGCCGCGUCCGCGUCCCCCUCGUCGAAGUACUUCGGUGGCGAGUCUCGUCUCGAGGCACAUGAUGGGCCGCAGACCGUGUUCAUUGGCUUUGGUUCGACGGGGUCGCCCGCAGAGCUCGCCGCGCUCUCAGCGUUCUUGUCUGCGGAGCCGGCGGGCAAGUGGCUGCAGGGCACGUCGCCCUUGGCGGCGGCGAUCCCGACGAACGCGUCCGUGAAGCCGGUGUUCCUGCCCUACUCCGACGCGACGUUGGUGGGUCUGCUCGUGCAGGGUGAGACGGCGGAGGCGGUGAAGACCGCAGGUACGGCGGCAGUUGCUGCGCUCAAGAGUGCCGGCUCCGCGAAAGCGAGCGACCUCACCAAGGCCAUCGCGAAGGCCAAGUUCGCUGCUGCCAACGCUUUGGAGACGCGCGAUGGCCUCGUCUCGGUCCUCGGGUCCAAGGUCCUCGCUGGUUCUGAUGCGUCAUUGCAAAAUGCCCUGUCAUCCCUUGAUAAGCUCUCCGCUGACGGUCUCAACAAAACCGCGACAAGCUUGCUCAAGAGCAAGCCGACGUACGUCGCCGUUGGUGACAUUGCCGCUCUUCCUUUCGCCGACGAGUUGGGGCUUUAAUAUGGGUUCUAGAGGAUAGUGUAUAGAUGAAGUAGUAGCUGUCUACCCAUCUGCAAUGAUCCGCGAGGGUGUUCUUAAAUAUCUUAAGACAGGAUGUGAGCCCCCGGCCAGAGAGUAGCACGAAUGCCAGCCCCUGGUGUGAGGCAAGCU